GCUUUUUUUCCGUCUCCGAUUGGUCCUGCAUGGUGUCAGAUUUCUCGUCAUUCAGCCAGCUAACGGAGAAUAAGGGACGGCCUUCUCUAAUCUUUCAUUGAAAAAAGGCGAAGGCGAGACGAAAACACCGCCAAAAUGAUCCACAGUCUGUUCCUCGUGAACUCCUCGGGGGACAUUUUCCUGGAGAAGCACUGGAAGAGCGUUGUGAGCCGCUCCGUGUGCGACUACUUUUUCGAGGCGCAAGAGCGUGCUAGCGAGCCGGAGAACGUGCCCCCUGUCAUCCCGACCCCCCACCACUACCUAAUCAGUGUGCUCAGGCACAGCAUUUACUUUGUGGCAGUGAUCCAGAGCGAAGUGCCACCACUCUUUGUCAUUGAGUUCUUACACAGGGUGGUUGAUACAUUCCAGGACUACUUUGGGGUGUGCACGGAGGCAGCGAUCAAGGACAAUGUGGUGGUAGUAUACGAGCUGCUAGAGGAGAUGCUGGACAAUGGUUUUCCCCUGGCCACAGAGUCCAACAUCCUCAAAGAGCUCAUCAAGCCGCCCACCAUCCUGCGCACAGUGGUCAACACCAUCACAGGCAGCACCAAUGUAGGGGAGCAGCUCCCUACUGGACAGUUGUCCGUGGUGCCAUGGCGACGCACUGGAGUGAAGUACACCAACAACGAGGCCUACUUUGAUGUAGUGGAGGAGAUUGAUGCCAUCAUCGAUAAAUCAGGCUCCACUAUCACAGCAGAGAUCCAAGGGGUGAUUGACGCCUGUGUGAAACUGACAGGCAUGCCUGACCUCACUCUCUCGUUCAUGAACCCUCGUCUGCUGGAUGAUGUGAGCUUCCACCCGUGUGUGAGGUUCAAGCGCUGGGAAGCGGAGAGGAUCCUCUCCUUCAUUCCCCCAGACGGAAACUUCCGGCUGCUCUCCUACCACGUCAGCUCCCAGAAUCUCCACCCAUUAAGGUCAACAAGUCUGGUGGCCAUCCCAGUGUACGUCAAGCACAACAUCACGUUCAGGGAGGGUAGUUCUCAGGGCCGCUUUGAGCUGACCCUGGGCCCCAAGCAGACCAUGGGGAAGGGAGUAGAGGCUGUUCUGGUCAGCAGCCAGCUGCCCCGCGGAGUCCUCAACACCAACCUCAACCCUACCCAGGGGACAUACACCUUCGACCCUGUCACUAAGCUCCUGUCGUGGGACGUGGGUAAGAUCAACCCUCAGAAGCUGCCUAGUCUGAAGGGCUCUAUGAGCCUGCAGGCAGGGGCCUCCAAGCCAGACGAGAACCCUACCAUCAACAUCCAGUUCAAGAUCCAACAGUCGGCCCUCUCCGGACUGAAGGUGAAUCGGUUGGAUAUGUACGGGGAGAAGUACAAACCAUUCAAAGGCAUCAAGUACAUGACCAAAGCUGGCAAAUUCCAGGUCCGGACAUAGAGGCUGGGCUCGCCACUCUCUGGCCUCUGCACCACAACCACUACUGUACAACGGAGAGGAGGAGGUUUCGGGGGGGGGGGGAAUAAAUAUAGGGAAGGGGGUGGCUAUGGUACAUUCCCUGUGUAAAUGCAUUUCAGGAUUUAUCCACACAAACUGUGGGCUCUGCUGUCUAACUGAACUACUACAGAAUGUGACACGACACACAAAAGCCUCUUUAAUGGAGUUGUUUGCACAGUCAAAUGUGUUAUUUAAGUGGCCACCAGUCUCAAUGUAGCUACAGCUCUUGUAGUAGGCGUAGAAUGGGUAUCUGUGUUGUAUGUCAUUUCUGGUUCUCUUUCCAAGCUCUUUGCUGUCCUUUGAGUUCCUCUUGUGAGUGAGAAUGGCAGGCAAAACGGUUUGUGUGCUUCCCUCAGAUGUGUUACUACUGUCUACUGCUAGAACCUCUCUUCUCAUGCUUCCAUCGAUUCCUUAUAAUCAACAGCCCAGAGUUUCUUCUGGUCAGGUCACAUGACCAGGAAAAGCUCCUGGCGCUACUUAUAUUACAUUCCUUAUGUUAUCCCUCUGUCCCCUUGGUAUUUUCUCCCUUCACUUAUUCCAAAACUCCCCGUUUCCUUAAAUUUUCUUCUAAGUCCUCUGAACCAUAUUUAUUUAUUUGUCUGUCUGCCUUGUCUGUCAUCAACACUGAAGUCAACACACUGGAGUUUGAGAAUGUGACAUGAAAUCCCUUCCCCUGAAUCAUGCACUACCAUACUCAUUGUUCUAUCAACAGUUAGUACUGUAUGUAUAACCAUGUCCUUCCAAAUCAAAUCUAAUGGUUGUAGUAUGUUACUGCUUUUCUCUCUUUCUAUCAUAUAAGGUGUCAUGUUGAGCACCUUGCUGUGGCUUACCUGAAGUUUUAUCCACCUUAAUCCCUCCUGAUUACUUUUUAAUUAUUAUUUAUUGACCAAUGAUUGAUCAGCGACUGAAUCCUGAUCCAAGCACCAAAUCUUAUACUGUAUAUCCCUAUUAAAUAAUGCAGCACAGAUUUAUAUUUUUUACUCUAUAGUGAAUUCUACAGAGGCUUGUAUUUAAGACCACCAUAAAGACCAAUAAGAUGAAACAUGCUGGCCCUUUAUUAUGUUAUUGAAGCUGUGACACACAGUGGCCUGGCUGGCUUUCCUCUUUGUAGGUAUGUUCUCUAUACUGACUGACAUACUACAGUUUGAUGGUAACGAUGGGUUACCCUAUCAAGAAUGUUAAAGGUUUGCGUUUGUGUUUACAGCUUUUGUGUGUCUGUCAAAUGAAUUCAAACUGAGUUUUACAAUGGUAUGAUAUUAAAGAUUUAAGAAUUUAUAUGAUA